CAUUUUCCGUUAACCCUGCAAGGACAAGAAAACAUUGUUCGUUUCUAUGAAUUUGCGAAUCUCACUUUGAAAACUGAAAGAUAAAGCAGCACCAUGCACGCUCAAUACUCCAUCGAGAUACAGAGAGGCUGGUUAAAUAGCCCGUGGCCGUGGUACGACGUACCCUUUAAAGUAGAAGGCUUUUGGGAGUGUUAAACUGCCAAAAUCCCUCUCUCGUAUCUCCCACUACCCUAAACAAUGCAACCCCUUGGUCCCAUCGGCCAGUUCUUGGGACUCGAGAUGAUGGACGAAAUACCCCCUUUCUCAAUAAAAUAACCAUCUUUAUUAUCCAGAAAGACGAAGGAAGAAAGAAAGCGAUGAACCACAAAGAGAUGAAGUUUAAGAGAAAAGGCAAUGUGUACCCUUUCCUCUCUUCACCACCAUCCUCAUCUUCAUAUAAAGAUCCCGACUCUGUUUUAAAGUUACUCCCAGUGGCCAUCUUAGCCCUAGCCUUAUCUCUCCCAAACCACGACCGUGAAGUUUUGGCUUACUUGAUAGCACGGUCCCUUAUCUCCACCACCACCACCCACCCAUAUUCUUGUUUCAAUACUAACCAACAUCAUUCCAAGAACAAUUGCAAAACCACCAACGCCAAUGGAAAGAAGAAAUGUGUCCAAAAGGUCCCCCUUUUCGAAUGUGGGUGUUUCGAUUGUUACACCAGUUUUUGGUAUAGAUGGGACUCUUCUCCAAACAGAGAGCUAAUUCACCAAGUUAUUGAAGCGUUUGAAGAUCAUUUGCUCCAAAAUGAGUCUCCAAGUAAACACGCUAGACGUAGAAAGAGAGGUAACAAGGCGAUUGAGGCCAGUGUUGAAUCCGAUAUUUCUGUCAAUAAACCAGAGGCGGAAGCAGAAACAUCGGUGGGUGAAGAUGAAUGUGAGGUGGUGAUGAUGCCAGAGAACACUGAAGGUGGAGUUGUGAAGGAAAAUGGAGUUGUCUGUGGAGAAAAGAUGGGAAAGAUGACAAGGAAUCUGAAAAUGGGGAUGGUGACAGGACAAGCUUUGGGUGCUAACCACAAGGGUUUGGCCAGGAAGGUUUUACCGGACGUGAUGGGUUUAUUAAAAUCUCGUUUAUGGAGUCUUUGGGGUCCGGGCAUUUAAGAUGGGAUUUUCGGUUCUUGCAGUUACCUGCUAAAAAAAAAGGGAAAGAAAAAAAAUCGUUUUCUCGGAAAAUUACUUAUUCUGUAGAUGGAGGAAAACUUGUAAUACUGGGUUCUGUUUUUGUAUGGUUUUUAAUGGAAUUGAGUUGCUUUGGGUGGUAAUAUUCUGAGGAGCAUAAGUGAUAAGGUUCAGAUGAUGAAAAUUGUAACUAUUAAUCACUUUGCAUUAUUGCUGUUGACAGUGACUAGCAAAAUUAGUAUUAUUUCUUACUCAUUUUAUGCAAUUUUUGGGCUUUGCUUUCAGUUGGUGUCUUAAACAAUCCAGUCUAAAUGGAAAUUAAAUUAAAAAUGAGCAACUGGCAGUAAACUAAAAAUUAGAGUAGCAUCUUACUGUAACGAGAAAAUGGUGAAACGAUGCAGGUGAAGGGGACCAGAGUCACGGACGACGAAGAAAAUUAGGAUUUGUCAAAAAGAUUUUUCUAACCCGGUGACGUUCGUGAAGCAGAAGCUGAUCAUGGAAUUCAAAAAGAAAAUCUCCCUUUAGCAGAAAAUGAUCAUCUUUGAUUUUCCUUUGCAGGAAAGAAAUUGGAUUUUUUGUUGUCGUUUUGGAAUUAGCAGUUAGUUUGUGUGUGAGAGCUCACCAUCACAUGUUUGCUUUGUUAGGGUAUUGGUAAAUAUUAUUUGGGUUGGCACUUGGCAUUGGCAAUUCGCAUUGCAGCCAUCCCAUUCCUACCACCCCCACAGGGUAGGCCAAAUCUAAUGAAGUCAAUUCUCUAUGCCUGGGCAAGCACACCCAUCUGCUUCUCAUUGUUCUGUAAUUAGUCACUUAUUAUUGGCAGUGGGAGAGUAGACAUUUUUAUUUUCGAAAAGAGAGUGAAGAUGAGUGUUUAAAAAAAUCAGCAAAACACAUUGUUUUGGAUAAUGUUGAAAUCAUCUGCAAAGUUUCCUAUCACCGCCCAUGUAGAAAAGCAGGUUAUAUGAAGUUUUGACUAUUUUUCAAGUACAUUAUUGGAUGCAUUAUUUGUGGUUGGAUCGGAAUUAAUUUUUCGUGGACAUCAUAUAUCAUAGUAUAUGUUUGUUCCUAUUGAUAAGAUCCUGACAAAUAAAACAUGCUUGAUACAUUUCCUGCGCUUUUUACAGCCAAAUUAGCUUUCUUAGCACCUCCAGGAUGCUGAUGUAGCCUUUAUAAUGCUUAUUGGAGGUGGAUUUCAGAUGAUCUGUGACCAUCUGCGUCCAGGAGUGAAAAAAGGGCUGCCAUUCAUUUGGCAAGGUAAGGCAAGUAACCCAUUUAUCAAUUUAAAGAAGGAAUAUAAGGGCACAUAUUGGCAGGAUACAUCAUCCCGUUCUUCCAGUCUGUUGUGCUCCCAAAAGAAACAUAGCACAACUGUGGAGAAAUGCUUGCUUUAGCUUUCCAAACUGGUUUAAGGAAAAGCUUGGUCCUAAUGAUCCUUACUUCCAAAAGCUUGGUGAUGGCAUGGUUACCCGGGAAGAGCAGCCCAAUUCUCCAGCAGUACAACUCAGCCCAAUCCCCAAUGGCAUUAAGAAAGAAUGAGGCCCCUGUUUUCUGCUAGUAGACAGCGUAUCUUAUCUUGAGUUUUUCAUUUUUUUUUUCAUGCUUAGUUUGAUGCUAUCAAAUCUUUGCUUUUAUGGAUCUCUUUGAACUAUGUAUGCUAAACUAAAGACUUCAAUUUUAUAUUUGUAGUUUUAUUACUUGAA